CCUCCCAGUUGGGCUUAGUUACAUUCAACAAUGAUGGGCCUGGAGCAUGGACCAAACUUUAACGAACUUCAAAAACCUUGUCCGGCAUUCGGCCCCUCCCUCUACACGAUCUACCAACGUUAAGAACAGACCCGGAACAAGAACCGUCGGAGGGCACGAUUGAAUUUCGAGGAGAAAAAAUAUCAAAAGAAAAAAAAAGAAAUCCUGUCUAGCGGUUCCCGACAAUGGAGGCCGUCGCAACCCCGCGCAUCACCUGCGCCUAUCUCAACUCGUACGUGGGCAGAAAUGUCAUUAUCGUCGGCAAAGUCAUCCAGCUUCGCGGAGAGGAGGCAAUCAUCGAUGCUGACGGCAACAUAACGGCCCACCUGAAUCGCGACGCGCAUCUCCUAGCAGGAAACGGCGCUCAGAUCAUUGGCAAGGUCAACCCGGACCUCUCAAUCAAGGUGCUGAGCUCCUUGGACCUAGGCACCGGAGUAGACUACAAUCUGGCCAAUACCGUCGUUGAGAUCUCGCACCAACACCGGGACAUCUUUGCCUACGAUUAGACGGGCGAACAAGCCCAGGAGAUCGGCAAGCGCC